AAGUAUUCGUGCAAAACCGGUUGAACUGUACCUGGGCAAGUUUGAACGACGUCAGGUGUGGAAAACACGCUGUUAUUGAACAGAUAGUGGUUGCGCUUGAGCAUGUUGAUAGAAGAGGGUUGUCCAAGCGCUAUCUAAAGACAUUUUUGAGCCCAAAGACUUGCUGAACAGACAGUCAAGAUGCCGGGGACGGGGAAAGAGUACGCCUUCUACGACCGCACAGCCAUGCUACGUCAGAAGUUCCCGCUGAGUGCGGCAAUGAUGGUGUGUUCGUGUAUGACGUGGGUCUGUAUCUUCGCGGGUAUGUACUACUCCGUGACCUUCACCUUGAUGUAUUUCAAGGUCACAAAAGAAGCUGACACGGUGGGACCCUGCAAGGAGCCAUUCAGUUCCGUGCCAAGCGAAAACUUUAAGAAAGUGGACAACUAUCCCCGGGGCGUGGCUUUGCCGUAUAUCGUCCGGAUGUCACCGGAGAAAGGACACGCAGAUGAAGUUCCCAAAGAUUCCAUUAUCCCGACCAUCAUCACUGCUGUGUCGUCUGCUCAGUUCUACCAAGUUCAAGGACUAAUAAAACACCUAAAGGCAAUAGAAGGAUACUAUCCAGAUAUUAGCCUCGUCAUUUAUGAUGUUGGCUUAUAUAAGAGAGAAUAUAAGUUGUUAGAAAAAUACUGCAAUUGUAUCGUCAGAAAAUUCAUCACCAGCGCCUACCCCAACCAUGUUGCCGACUUCAGCAACAAUGCCUGGAGACCAAUCAUAUUGCAGGAAGCUCUAGACGAAUUCGGGUCAAUCAUGUACUUGGACCCAACUGCCCGGUUUAAGGGCCCGGACUCCCUGAAAGUAAUUCGGAACAGAGGAUGGCGGGACUUUAUGGUGUGGGACAUGCAGGUCCACAUGGACGUUGUGGCUUACACAGACCCGGAGAUGUUCCGGUACCUACAAGAGGACCGAUGUGCCUUUAAAGAAGCGGGCAUGAUUGACACAGAAAUAAUAGUUUUGUUCAAGUCAACGAACACUUGGAACCUGUUGAUGAAGCCUUGGCUGAAAUGUGCCUUCAGUGCGGACUGCAUUGCUCCGUCCGGAUCUCGACAUGACGUUUGUUUUCAUAUACGUAAACCAAAGACAACAGGUUGUCAUAGAUACGACCAAUCAGCUCUCAGUAUAGUUUUGAAUAGAGCGUUACAAGUGACGAUUGAGAGAAACCGGUAUAUCCCGCCAAGGAUGACUUAUUAUUCCGAAGAGGAGGUGGUUUUAUUCCCAGAGCAACCCUGGACAAAUACUCAGUUAUUAAUUUUACUCGGCGUUCCAUUGAGUAUAGGUAUUCUUUUCAAGUGCGUAUGUUUCGGGGGUAAAUUUAAGUUUAGGUGAUGUUAUGGAAUCCGUUUUAUCUCAGGUAUUCGGAACAACGAGUAAAUGCGAUCUCUGGGGCCAAAGCUUUCCGAAUAGGUACUGGUCGAUCGAAACAAGUUUUUCAGUCAAGUGAUCACGGUAUGUUAAUCCUACACGUGAAGAUGCUUGUCGUUUGGGGCGACUAACGGGAUCUGGUGGUCAGGCUCAUUGACUUGGUUGUUGCACGUCACCGUUUCAUAUUGCCCAGAUCGAUGCUCAUGAUGUUGAUCACUGGAUCGUCUGGUCCAGAUUCGAUUAUUGACAGACCGCCGUUAUAUAGUUGGAAUAUUGCGGAAUGCCGUCUUAAACAUAAAAAAACAACCAAAAAACCAACCUUACAAUUACAAGUGAAGAAUUCGCCCAAAGCUAAAAGCAAACAGCAAAAGCCAGUGCAAUAUAUCAUCUCACCUCAAAUAAGCAAUCACUGGAUUGUCUGGUCCAGACUCGAUUAUUUACAGACCCCGUCAUAUAGCUGGAAUAGUGCUGAGUGCAUGUGAAAACAACAAACAAACAAUCAAAUAAGCCUCUGUUGUUGGUAUGAAAUACAUUAAUUCCAUCAGAUGGACAAAUCUUCCAAGAAAACAAAGAAAUUAUUUUUUUUAGGCACCCUUAACUGGGGGAGAUUUAUAGAGUGCUUGGGAAAAGGAAACUAUUUUAAUACAUUCAAGGGGUGCAAAAUCCCAGUACACUUCUUUUGACUUAGCAUACGACAGCACUACUAAUAUAGACAGUAUGCUCAAAUUCUAAAAUCUAGUAUCAGGCAUUUCCUUGUAAAUUGUAGACAAUUUAGUAGACAUUAGUACCUGUGCAGAGUUAUAUCUGGGCACUUAUCUGGCGGUCCAGCACAACCCACAUUUUACAAUAUAAAAAGGUCACACACAAACAAAUAACAGAGCCCAAUUGCCAUUUUUUGGUUUCCUGGUAUUUCUUCAAACACUUUUCAAAAAGUAUAAGAAAACGUUUCAAUAAAUCUCAAGACAAAAUUCCCUUCCCUCCUUACCUACUUUGCUAAGCAUCCUUUACCCCUCUUCAGGAACAAAAUCAACAUUCAGGCUGGUUCAGAAACAGUUCCACAUGUGUUUAAUUUUGGGCAUCAGUAGGCCACAUAUUUAGUCCCACCAAAACUGUUUGUUUUAGUACAAGUAAAUUUCAUGCUAUUUUUAAAUUGCGUAUAGGACAGUUUCAUUUUUGUAGAGUAGUUCAUGUUGUAUGACUGAAGAUCAACUUUGACAACAGAUGUCUACUUGAGCCAAAUCAUCCACAUUGUUGAUUAGCCAUUCAGGAGUUAGUUCCCUUUAUACAGAUAUACUGCUUGUGUUUGUACAUACGUGAUCUUCCAGGUGUUCUUUAGGCAAGAAAUUGAGAUAAGGGCCUGAUGUAUCAGGGUCUUUUUGAUGCUUUGCCACUGUGCCCAACAAGUAUUUUUCUUCUCUUUUGUUGGAGUAAAUUCAUUCAGAUGGGCACACAGGAACAGAAUUGUAUUUGUGUAUUGUGAAUACAUCCAUUGAAAUUUUACCCAACAUCAAAAGCAAUACGCCUUGAUAUGCCUCAUAUUUGAAUAAACCAUUACAAUGACUAA